CAACCCAGCGAAGAGACCGAAGCACAGUUGGGGAUCGCAUCGAUAUUGUUUACUUCGUUACGAGGCUUACCGCAUCUGCCUACAUGAAACGCAUCUGUGGAUUCACCAUCCAAGCGAAGCCAAACCCGACGCUUCGGAAGCGCGGGCCGUGUGCGCUGGCUCUUGCUUUCUGUCCCCUCUGCUCUCACCCACGCACGGCUUCCACAGCUUUCCCAACUCCCUGCAUCAGCCCGUCUCACCAAUCAUCAGCGCACGCUGCACACGCUCGCACGCCCGGCAAGCUCGACCUGUGCGCGAGAAGCAAGUUGCGGUGCAGGGCUCGGGGCAGGGGGCAGAGCAGGGCGCAGAGCAGGGCGCGGAGCAGGGGUGGGGGCGGCGAUGGCGGAGCCGGACGUGGGGCCGCUGGUGGCGAGCUUCAUCGACUUCACGGGCAGCGACGACGCCGUCGCGCUCCAGAUGCUGCAGGCGACGAGCUGGCGACUGGAGGAGGCGGUGCAGCUGUUCUUCGCAGGGGGCGCGGAGGCGGCAGGCGCACAGCGGGCGGACGCGGAUGGCGGAGGCGCUGUGGGGCGAGGGGGCGGUGGAGGCACCGGGCCGCGUGAUGCCACGCCCCCUCCACGCUCCUCGUCCCCUCCACCAGCACCAGCAGCAGCCACAGCAGGAGGGGGAGGACUGGGCAUGGGCGGCAGCAUGGGAGGCGGGGAGGAGGUGGUGCGAGCGCCUCUGCCGGUGAGGAGGGAGGCGCUGUACGGCGAUGCGUAUGCGCUCAACCGACCCACGCUGGGCGUGUCGGCCAGGGCGUUGGCGGCAGCCGCCCCGCCCGUGGUGGAUGGCUUUCGCGACUUUGGGGGCGAGGCAGCGGCCAGGGCCAGGGCGCGGGGGGAGGGGCAGCAGGGGGGCGAGGGGGGGGCAGUGCGGCAGGCAUCGCUGGCGUCGCUGUUUGAGCCGCCGUACGACAUCCUCUUUGCGGGGUCCUUUGACCAGGCGAAGCAGCGUGCGGGCGCGGAGGGCAAGUGGCUGCUGGUGAACGUGCAGUCGACGGGGGAGUUCGCCUCGCACAUGCUCAACAGGGACGUGUGGGCCGUGCCAGCCGUCAAGGAGACCAUCACCACCUACUUCGUUCUAUGGCAGGUGGAUGCGGCGGCGGCGGAGGGCGCCAAGGUGUGUGGGUACUACGGGGUGGCGGGGCUGCCGGUGGUCAUGGUGCUGCACCCUGCCACGGGCCAGCGCAAGCGCUGCUGGGAGGGCGCCCUCUCCGCUGACCAGCUGCUCGAGGAUCUGAUGCCCUUUAUCGACCGCGCCCCUCAGGAGGGCGCGUCCCUGCCAGGCGGGGAGGUGCGGCCGCCCAAGAAGCCACGUGACGUGCCGGAGGCUGCACAGGGGGUGGGGGUAGUCGGGCGGAGUGGCGAGGAGGACGAGGAGGAGCAGCUUCGCCUGGCCCUGGCCGCCUCCCUGGAGGGACACUCGGAGGGGCAGAAGGGCGAGGCAGGGAGAGAGGAACAGGGUGGGGGGGUGGGGGCAGGCAGAGACGAUGCCUUGCACGAGGCAGAGGAGCAGCAGGGAGCACAGGCAGGAGGGGCAGCGGCGGCGGAGGUCGAAGUACCUGAGGAGCCGGCAGUCGGCACUCCUGCCAGCUGUCGCAUUGCCAUUCGCUGCCCGGAUGGCGCUCGACUGCAGCGCCGAUUCCUCUCCUUGCAUCCACUUGAGGUGCUGCGGGCGUGGUGUCGCCAGCAGCUGCCAGAGGCGGCAGCGGGGCGGCCCUUCCGCCUGUCGCUUGCGCUGCCCGGCUCCGCGCCUCUGGACCUCUCCUCCGCCACCACCAUUGCAGAUGCCGGCCUCGCCAACUCUUUGCUGGCCUUGGCGUGGGACUGACCACACACGCGCUAGUGCCUAUAGGCUUGCUGCACCACUAGGCGGUGGUUCCUGUAAACGUGCAAUCCAGCCUUUGUUGGCUGCAAUGCAAUUGAAAUCAUGACGCCCCUUGCUGCAGGUUAGGUUAGGUCCGUUGAGUCAAUGGUAAUGCGCAUGGUACCGACCCCUGCUUGGCCUAGACGAAUAUCUUCACUCCCAUCCCCAGCCGUUUCAGGCAGCUGCUUCUGGUUUUGAUUCUGUCUGGAAGCAGCUGAGCUGUCAGUACCUACGGCUCGUCUCUAGUGGGAGAGCUGUAGGUGGUUGCAAGCAAGCACACAUUGGACGCUAGUGUGAACAAGUUUUCUCUACAUCUUGCA